GGUAAUGGGUAUGUAGGUACUCUUCAGGUCGUAUGAGCUAUUAGAUUAAAUGAAAUCAUUUAUUUUUAUUCCAAAUUUUAUAAUGUUGUUUUUAUUUUUAUAAAUAUUAUUUUACUGAAAAUGAACGCUAUAAUUGGCCUGUGCCAUUUUUGCGAGGCUCAUGGCCCCAGACCUGUAUUCUGUACAUUUACAACAGACGAUGAAAGACCUACUAAGGAGUCCUUAAAAAGCCAAGUUGAGUGCAGUGGUUGCACUUCCAUAGGAGCAGAAACUGUUAUUUUAUCUAAGGACGAAGCUGGAAUUUUAUUUUGCAGUAAAGAAUCAGUUCCAAACAAUGAAACAACUAUGUUUUUGAGACAAGCUGCGUUGAGAAGUAUUACCUGCGAAGUUAGUUGGAGCAAAGAUGGGGGUGUUGUAUACUUUAGUGAAUCUCAGGGCCACGUCUUGAGCCUUAUGUUUCAAUUGAAAGAUACCAGAGCUAGAGGUCUGAAGAGAAUGUUCUCAGUAGUAGUCCUGAUGAAGGAUAAGAUGUUUCUUCUGAACAUCACACCUAUUUUAUCUGACCAUAUGCAAAAAGUAGCAAAAGAAUUACAACAGCUAGCUGAAGUUGUUUAUGAUCAUGAACAAAGUGUUUAUUCACAAAGAGCCCUGAGGUUGAAUACCGGAAAUAAUGACUUUGGCCAAUCUCGAUCCUUAAUACAACUAACUGGUAAAGAGGACAUAUUUCAAAUGCUUCAUUCUCGUUUCACUUGGAUGUUGAAAAUUGGUUCCAUGACUUACUCAGAGACACUUUACACAAGUAGAGACUUACUAAAUAAAUUAUAUCCACAAAACACAAAGGGCUCCAUUUUUGAAGAUUCUUGUUCAGCCAACUAUGAUGACUGCAUGUCGCUGAGGGAAUUGGAAAAAAUGCUUAGUCAGCCUGUAUUUACAAUUGUUUUGUUUUGCACUCUAACUGGAGUUGAUAUUACAAUAAAAUCAAACGCCUAUGAUCCAAACGAAAUUGUACGAACAUUACUCAAAGUGUUGCCACAAACACAGAACAAAUCACCAAAAAUUAGUAUAAGUAGUAAAGAAAUUUCUAGUACAAAACAAUGUCACCAGACAUUGUUUCUAGAAGAAGUGGAUGGUAUAUUUCAAUGCAAGUGGGAUGGUAGUCUUCCUUCAAAAUAUCCUACGCUUAUGAAUAGAAUAAUCAUUGCACUCAGCAAUGAUAAGUUUAACGAUACUGUCCUUCAUCGACAUAUAAAAUCACUGCAGUUAGAAUGGUUAGGUAUUGCUAGGACCAUAAAAUCUGCGAUACAAUCAGCAGGACAACACAGUGAUGCAGUGAGCAAGUUGAAAAAAAUAUUGGGAAUUGGGCAGUUUGAUGAAACACUAAUUAAUUUUUGGAUUGACUGUUUCUUGUGAUUGUCUCUAGAAUUAUAUUAUAAAUUGGUGCUAUUUUUAAUUUAUUUACUGUGAUAAAUUAAUUUAUAACUAAAUAAAUAUAUAUAACUAAAAUA